AUGAAUGGUUACGGCUCUCCCUACCUGUACAUGGGGGGUCCUGUGUCACAGCCCCGAGCCCCUCUACAGAGAACCCCAAAGUGCGCCCGUUGCAGAAACCACGGGGUCCUCUCCUGGCUCAAGGGCCACAAGCGCUAUUGCCGCUUCAAGGACUGUACUUGUGAGAAGUGCAUCCUGAUCAUUGAGAGGCAGCGGGUGAUGGCGGCACAGGUUGCCCUCAGGAGACAGCAGGCCAACGAGAGCCUGGAAAGCCUCAUCCCAGACACUCUCAGACCUAUGCCAGGCCUGCCAGCCGACACUAGUCAACCAGCGUCCAGGCCUGGAGAGAUGACCAUCAGGUGGACGCAGGAGCCCUCCUCUACCAUGCAGCUGCCAGGAAAGACAGAUCUGUCAGAGGAGAGAUUAGGCGACAGCAGUGGAACAGAGAAUGGCGAAAGCUACAGUGACAAAGACACAGAUCAAAGAUCUCCCCCUGAUGUGAAGCCUUGCUGUACCCCGGAAAGCCCUGAAGUGGUGUCAGUGGAUGAGUCAGGAUAUCCAGCUCAAAAGAGUAGCAGUAGUGCUGAAAGUACAUCAGAUAGCCCCAAGUACCAGGCAGAACACAGUCAUCUUAUUAUAGAGGGUUCUUCGGGCACAGUGACUUUGCCAUUUAGCUUGAAGUCCAACAGGCCUCCUCUUGAAGUCCUUAAGAAGAUAUUUCCAAGCCAGAAGCCUACUGUGUUAGAACUUAUUUUGAAGGGAUGUGGUGGUGACCUUGUUGGGGCAGUAGAAGUCCUUCUAUCAAGCAGAUCUUCUGUGACUGGAGAGAGAACUGCAACUGACCCAGAUGGCAUUAUGUUACCUACUAAUGGUCACCUUUUUGAGCAUACUCUUGGCUCAUAUCCAUUGUCCUCCUCCAAAUGGUCAGUGGGAUCAGCCUUCAGAGUACCAGAUACCCUGCGCUUCUCAGCAGAUUCUAACAAUGUGGUUCCCAAUCCACUAGCAGUGCCCUUGCAGCACCCCUUCCCACAACCACCCAGGUAUCCAUUACUAUUGAGGAACACUUUAGCAAGGAACCAGUCUAGCCCCUUUCUGCCUAAUGAUGUGACCCUUUGGAACACAAUGACAUUGCAACAACAAUACCAACUCAGAUCUCAGUAUGUCAGCCCUUUUUCUGGAAAUGCAUCUAGUGUCUUCAGGAGCUCACCUGUCCUUCCCCCUAGAGCCCCUGAAGACCCCAGAAUCCCAGGCUCUGAGGACAGCUGUUCGAUUGUAGUAAAGCAGCCCAUUUACACAGAGGAGGACUAUGAGGAAAGAUCAGAUUCAGCGGACUCUAGAAUACUCAACAGUUCUUCCUAA